AUGUCUCCUGAUCCUACACAAGAGCCUGUUGAGGAAUCAUUAAAUGUACCAAAUUUACCUCUUGAUAGAGGAAUAAAUGCAUCAGAUAGCGAAGAUGAUGAUAUAGGAAUGGCAGGAUAUGUACCAUUAUCUCAGAUUCCUGCAGAUAGUGAUCCAAUGUUGUAUGAAGAUGAAGAUUCCAUGUCGGAAACAAUAGAAGUUUGGUCAUCGCCUCACAAUCGGUCCAAUAUAGAUAUGGAUGCAGAUAAAAUCAAUCAAGUAAAAUCUAUGAUGGCAUCUUUUACUUUACCAAUUACAGCAAUUCCAGAAUGGGCAAAAGCUAUAUCAGAAGAACAAUGGAAGGAACAACUUAUUGGACGUAUUAAAGAAAUGCAAAAUAGAGAAAAAUAA